AUUUUGUCAACGUCACUGGAAGGAUUCUCGCAUGGUCUCAACAGGACUGCCAGCAGUGGGUAAUAUAAAGCCGACCACCGGUUCACCGGCGUUUGUAGAAAUUGAUCACCACGGAUACGAACAGAAGGAUGUCCACAGCGGCUUACUCAGAGAAGAUCACGAUGGGGCCCCUGGUCGCAGCUAUCGAUCAAGGCACAAGCUCGACGAGGUUUCUGGUGUUCAAUUCUAAAACGGCAGAGCUGCUUAGUCAUCACCAGGUUGGGAUAAAGCAGAGUUUCCCUAAAGAGGGCUGGGUAGAAGAGGACCCUAAGGAGAUUCUUCAGUCAGUCUAUGAGUGUAUGGAGAGGACCUGUGAGAAGCUCGGCCAGCUCAACAUAGACAUCUCCAACAUUAAAGCUGUCGGCGUGACCAAUCAGAGAGAGACUACGCUGGUUUGGGACAAAGAGACAGGGGAACCGCUCUACAAUGCCAUUGUUUGGCUGGACCUGCGUACACAGUCCACAGUGGAGAGGCUGAUCAACAGCACUCCGGGAAAGAACAAGAACCAUCUGAAGCACAAGACCGGUCUGCCCAUCAGUACAUACUUCAGUGCUGUGAAGCUGCGUUGGCUCAUGGAUAACGUGGAGGAGGUUGCUGAGGCUAUCCUGACAAACAGAGCCAUGUUCGGCACUGUCGACUCCUGGCUUAUCUGGUGUCUGACAGGGGGGAAGAGUGGAGGGGUGCACGUCACAGAUGUGACCAACGCAAGUCGCACCAUGCUCUUCAAUAUACACACCCUGGACUGGGACCCUGAGCUCUGCAAAUAUUUUGAUGUCCCAAUGGAAAUUCUACCCCAAGUGAAGAGCUCCUCAGAAAUAUACGGUUCAAUGAACUCUGGUUCUCUGGCAGGAGUUCCCAUCUCCGGGUGUCUCGGGGACCAGUCCGCUGCUCUGGUUGGUCAAAUGUGCUUCCAGGAUGGACAGGCUAAAAACACGUACGGAACUGGCUGCUUCCUGCUGAGAAACACAGGGAUCAAGCCAGUGAUGUCAGAUCACGGCCUCCUGACCACACUGGCCUACAAACUGGGGAAGGACGCACCAGCCUACUACGCUCUCGAGGGGUCGGUGGCCAUAGCUGGGGCGGUGGUACGCUGGCUGAAAGACAACCUGGGAAUCAUCCAGUCCUCCGCAGAGAUCGAGAAGCUGGCAGGCGAUGUGGGCUCGUCCUAUGGAUGUUACUUUGUUCCUGCCUUCUCCGGGCUGUACGCCCCCUACUGGGAGCCCAGUGCAAGAGGUAUCAUCUGUGGCCUGACUCAGUUCACUAACAGAUCUCACCUGGCCUUCGCUGCUCUGGAGGCAGUCUGUUUUCAGACUAGAGAGAUCCUGGAGGCAAUGAAUCAGGAUUAUGGGGUUCCUUUGAGCCAGCUCCAGGUGGAUGGAGGCAUGACCUCCAACAGACUACUGAUGCAGCUCCAAGCUGAUGUACUCUGCAUCCCUGUGGUGAAGCCGGCCAUGUCGGAGACCACGGCUCUGGGUGCAGCCAUGGCGGCAGGAGCAGCAGAGGGGGUGGGUGUCUGGAGUCUGACCCCUGGUAACCUCACAACCAUCCCCACUGACAAAUACCAACCCAUGAUCAAUCUUGAGGAGAGUGAGUUCCGGUUCGCACGCUGGAAGAAGGCCGUCCAGAAGGCCAUGAAUUGGGAGACCACGGAGCCCAUCAGCAAUGGGAACGGUCCAAUCAGCAAUGGGAACGGUCCAAUCAGCAAUGGGAACGGUCCAAUCAGCAAUGGGAACGGUCCAAUCAGCAAUGGGAACGGUCCAAUCAGCAAUGGGAACGGUCCAAUCAGCAAUGGGAGCGGUCCAAUCAGCAAUGGGAACGGACACCACUAGUAGGAUCUAAGCCAAUACUAGUAACCGUUGAGGAUACAUAUGGAGUUGAAGAGAGGGGAACAUACAGAAUGUAACACCCAUCCCUCCAUAGGUCCACAUAGCACCUACAUCUGAUGGCUGUUUGGGCAUGCUGUGGACUUCCUUCUCCCUGAGAGCAUUCCUAGUCCACAUCCGGUUGCCUCCUGUACAUGUACUCAGCCCCGUCCUCUUAGUCUCGUGGACAAGGACCCUACCUGUGAACCUUAUCUUGGAAGAAAGGCCCACAUAUCAAAAGAUGGAAUCAAUUGAUGGAACUCUACUGUGUGACUGAACUGUGAUGGAAGAGACUGAUUCUCCUGUGGGAAAAAAAAAAAAAAAUCCUAUCAUGUCUGGUUUUCUAUGAAUUUAUUAAGCAGAUAAUAUUUUAAUGUUUGUGUCAUAUGUUGUGCUUGGUCAUUUUAACAAAUGGUGACACUGUGCAUUUUAAAAAAAAUACUAAUUAAUUACACUGGUUAGUAAUAGCGCCACCAUUGAACAAGUGUUGUGAGAAUGUUGUAGGCUACAUAGCUAUAAUGUGGAAUGGAAGGCCUGCUGAGAUGGUUUGCUACUCUGAUCGUAGAUGUACCUAGUUGUAUGUGGGUCCACUUGAAGACUCUGAUCAUAGAUGUACCUAGUUGUAUGUGGGUCCACUUGAAGGAACCUCUGAAUGAAAAGCAUCGCAGGGUCCUUACAGCACUUUAUAAUUAUUGAUUUGCGUGUGGAGUGUAUGAUAUGAUGCUCUGGUUUUUAAAGGGACAUUUUUCAUUUUCCUUUUUUUUUUUUUAAAUAACGAUAAAGCUUUUUGAAAGGGAUCACCAUUGGAUAAUGAAAGGUCUGUGAAACACAUUUUCUUAAGUUGUAAGUGGAAGUUUUAACUGUACAAUACGCUUCAUAAGACCUAUUUUCUGUUUUUCAGUCGUCGAGGACAAAGAUAUUACUUCCUAGUCAUUAUUGAUCAUGAAUUGUCUUGUCCUUAGAGCACUUUAUAAUGAUUGAUUUGCAUGUGGAGGUCAUGGUAUGGGUACAAUGCGCUAAUGAAAAUGCUUUUUUUAAAUCAAUUAACAGUAAUGUUUUUUUGCAAGAGAUUUAUCAAUUGAUAAUGAAAGGGGGAUCAAUGUAAAGGCAAGAAAUAACUAAAAGUGACAGAGGAAUCUAAAUGAUAACUUUACAAGAUGGUUAUAAAUUUACUGAGAAAUGAUUACAGGUCAGACUGUUGUAAAGAGGAAAUGAACCUGUCCAAAUGGCUGCUUUUCAGUUGAUACAGAGAAGCAUGGUAUGGACCUUGUUAUGUAUAGUGAUCGUAUACAUUUUCUUGAACUAAUGUAACGUAUGUAAAAUCUAAUAUGAAAUCUAAAGCCCUCAUUCUUGGUAUGGAAAGAAAAUGACACUUUAUCUUAGUAGUUUAAAAUGUUUUAAACUACACAGAUUUAAUUUUAAUUGUGUUUUUUGUUGUUGUCAUGAUUUAAUGUUUUUAUUUGAUUUUUUCCCCCUUGUUUUUGUCUUUUCUUGCUAAAUGGGGUUGGGUGCCUCUGUUCUGUUGUGCAAAGAUGAAUGUGACAAUGCACAUUGCAAUAAAGUUUUACUUUUAAAAA